AUGGGGGGCAUGGGUCCGGUGGCAAUGGAGGAGGGCGGCAGUGGAGGCGGGGGAGUGAUACAAGUGAGCUUCACGGACAUGCACGACUUUAAGACGCUCGUGUCAUUGCAAGAUGCCAUCGUGCUCAACCAGGUGGAGAAGAGAGCGCAGGAGCGGAGUCGAGUGUGGUGGAGCCAUGAAGCCAACCGAGGGCCACACUGGUUCCACGUCGAGGACGGCACACAGGCCGCACGCACCCACGCCGCCAUCGCCACCAACCCCUCUCUCCACACCCCCGCCUCGCGCUCCCUCCCCCACUCCCACACCCACUCCAUCUCCCACGCCCACUCCCACACACACUCGCAAUCCCUCCCGCACUCUCAGCCCCACUCGCGUUCCCAUAGCAUGUCUGUGUCGUCGCUCUCUAAGUGCGUUAGCGAGGCUUCGAGCAGAGACAGUUCGUGCCAUGGUCCUAUGCCUCUCUCCGCCUCCUCCUCUUCCUCCUCCCUGCCUUGUCCUGCCACCCCUGCCACCUCUGGUCCUGCCACUGCCACUGCAACAGCAGCCACACCAACGGUUGCUGUCACCAUUCCUUCCCCCACUUCUGGCCCUCCUCUUUCUGCUGCACGCGCACUCAUCUCCUCCUCCUCCACCGCCGCAGAUCUAGAUUCUUCCUUCCCCCCCUGUGCUGCCUCCCCUCCCUUAGGCUGCUGUAUAGCCGCCUCUGCCUCCUCCCCUCUCCUCUCCUUCUCCAUCACCAGUAACACCGACUCCUCAACCCCCACCUCCUCCUCCGCCUCUGCAUCAACCCCCGCCUCCUCCCUCCAACCGCGCACGUCCUCAGGCUCCUCCCCGUCGCCCUACAGACCCUCCGCCUCCCCCCUCCGCACACGCCCCCACGCGUCCUCCGUCCCCUCUCGCCACUCCGCGUCCCCCCUCCGCUCCUCCCGCCACUCUGCCUCCCCGCUUCGCUCCCGCCACUCCGCCUCCCCGCUCCGCUCCCGCCCCUCCUCCUCCUCCACCUCAGCCUCCUCCCGCCCGUCCUCCUCCUCGUCCUCCACCACACCCUCCCUCACGAGCAUUGCGUUUGGCAGCGGGGCGGUCUCGUCAGCAACGCUCAAGAGGCUGAUAAGGAAGGGCAUUCCGCCGCACCUGCGGGCGCGCGUGUGGAAGGCGGUGUCAGGCGCGGGGCGCAAGCAGGCAGUGGCGCCGGUGGACUACUAUCAAUGGCUCGUGGAGCAGACUACAGGCAAAGAGACGGACCACACCUUGCAGAUCGACAAUGACCUGCACCGCACGUUCCCAGGGCAUCCGCGCAUGGACACAGCAGAGGGGCUGGCAGCGCUGCGCCGAGUGCUCGUGGCCUACUCCUUCAGAGACACCCACGUGGGGUACUGCCAGGGCAUGAACUAUGUUGCAGCAUACCUGCUGCUGGUGAUGCGCAGCGAGGAGGACGCGUUCUGGAUGCUGGCGACGCUGGUGGAGAACGUGCUGUACGACGACUGCUUCGCCGAGGACCUCUUUGGCGUGCACGUGGAGCAGCGCGUGCUCAAAGACCUGCUGCACCGCAAGCAGCCCAAGCUGGCAGCGCAUCUGGACGCCAUUCAGUUUGAGCCGUCGCUCGUCACCACCGAGUGGUUUCUCUGUGUCUUUGCCAAGAGCUUCCCCUCUGAGACUACUCUGCGCGUGUGGGACGUGUUAUUCAACGAGGGUGCCAAGGUGCUCUUCCGUGUCGCGCUCGCACUCUUCAAGAUGAACGAGGCGGAGCUAUACCAGGCGGCGCAUGUGGGGGAGGCGGUGGAGGUGCUGGUGCGGUCCACAGCGCAGCAGUACGACCCCGAGGUGCUGCUGCAGGUGAGAGACCGUGAAAGAGCCACCGUGGGCCUGCCUGCCUUGUGUGGUCCUGUGCUGCACCACGGCCUUGUCAUCAUCUUGCCUCCCUCUCCUCUCCCUCUUCCCUCCCUCUCCCCUCCCUCUCCGCCCCCCUGGCCCCACCAGGUGGCGUUUGACCGGUUGGGAAGCAUGCUGAUGGCCACGAUAGCCAAUCAGCGGUGGCUGCAGAUCAUCACACCGCCCUACUCUCAGCUCGCCUCCUCGAUUGCAUCGCCCCUCCCACUCGGCCCCUCUUUCCCCCCACCAGCCCUCGCUCCCUCGCGCUCGUACGACGAAAGCACGUCUGUGGUUGUACUGGCGCCCAAUGCGACUGUGCUCUGCUCCUCCUCCUUUAAUACAUCUCCGACCGGUUCCCCUGGCACAUCCCCGGUCCAGGAAGAAGAGGAAGGAGAGGAAGAGCAGCAGCAGUCAAUGCGGAUUAGCUCGGCAUCUGCUGUGGACCUCUGCUCACAAUCCCCUCCCCGCCCACGCACGGCCAUGGUCCACUCACAGACGCAAGCCGGUGUUGCCGGGCUGAAGAGCUUCCGGAGUAUGACUCACAGCACCCAGCACCAGCAGCAGCAGCAGCAGCAGCAGCAACAACAGCAACAGCAGCAGCAGAUUCGGUCGCUGGGGAAGCUGAGAGCGGUGGCAGUGACGGCAUCGAUGCAUGUGAGUGCAGCCAUGGCUGCUGUUGCCGAGAAAGCGUCGGUGCGGUGGCACUUAAAGAAGUACCAGCAGAGGCAGCGGUCUGCAGAAAGAGAGCUUACUCGCACAGCGUCGUUGUGA